UGUUCAUGGAGUGGUGGUGCUGGAAGGAACCUCACGUAGUCUAACAGCUUCUGCGGGCAAGAAGUGGACUGUACCGUGGAUUUCAGAGCAUCAGAGGUUAUUACCACGGUUCAUAUGGGAAGAAUACCGAAGCGAAAUAGGGUUCCACCUGUUUGAAUAAAUCUGCGGGAUCUGAAAGAAGUUCUGAUGCUGAGAUAGUGGUGAGAUCUACUUCUUCAUAGAUCCGACUCCCUGAUCAGUCCAUGGAACCUUUGUGACUGCAGCAUUUAGUUCCACGUCGUCAAGAUGAUCACCACCCAGAGAUUAUAGUUCAUCCUUCCUCCAUUGGAGGGCCACUGUUAAGAGGGGUGGGGGAGGAUAAAGGAGUCUCCUGUCAUCAGAGAAAGAGCUUCAGAGCCUGCUGGUGAAAGCAAAGGGAACCAUGUAGUGUCUUUUUCUCCACUCAGGGGGGAGGGUAGAUUUGAGUUUAGUUUUUUCCCUAUUGAUUUUAGUGUAAAAGUGUUUUAUGUGAGCCAGAGAAGAGAUGGUCCUCCACACCUCUCCCUACUCUAGUGCCUUCCUACGGUGCCUCAGCAGCCUGUCAUGGGGCUUCAUCUUCCCCUGCUACUGGCUGCUGGACCGCCUGCUGUCCUCCUGCGUGGCAACCUCUCUGGAGAAGCGUCGGCGCUCCCAGGACCCCUGCUCCUUCGUGACUCUGUAUGUGCUGGUGUCCACCCCGCUCUACCUUUUGCUCCUCCUGGCCUCGCUGCCCUUCGCUCUGCUGGGCUUCCUGCUGUGGGCUACCCUGCAGGCGGCCCGCCAUCCCUAUCUCUACACCCACCGCCGCCCAGACAAGCACCAGGCCGAGCAGGGGUGUGUGGCGUCACUGGCCGACUGGAGGCCGCAGGGCCGCAGCUUCUGCUUCGGCAGUUCCAACGUGUGCCUACUGCCAGACUCCCUGGCACGCUUCAACAACCUGUCUGAGACCCAGCGCCGUGCCCGCGAGGUGGGCAAGCGCAUCCGUAACGGGGCCAGCCGGCCGCAGAUCAAGAUAUACAUCGACUCCCCCACCAACACCUCCAUCAGCGCAACCUCCUUCAGCAGCCUGGUCACAGGGUUCCGACGGACAUCCUCCCUGGGCCAGCGGCCCGACAACACACCCGAGGCCGAGACCGAACCCGUAACCGACUGCCCAAUACACACUGCAGGUUCAGACUGCCCAAUACACACCACAGGUCCAAACUGCCCCAUACACACUGCAGGUGCUGACUGCCCCAUACACUCAAAAGGGGACCAGGGCUCCUCAGAUUGUCCCGUCCAUGUAGCUGGUGGAGAGGACACACCAGAGUGCCCCCUUCACACUGCUGGUUCUCAGAACAACUCUGACUGUCCACUGCACACCACAGGGGCCCAGAACUCCCCAGAUUGCCCCAUGCACACCACAGGGGUCCAGAACUCCCCAGAUUGCCCCAUGCAUGCCUCGGGGGUCCAGAUCAGUAUCAGUGCCCCAGAGGCCGGGACAGGGAAUCACCAAGGGGAAGGUGAUGCAGAGAGCCUGACAGGGGGGGUGUCUUCUAACAACACCCUGUCCCACCGCACCUCCAUGUUCAAGAAGCACACGGGUCGCAAGCGGCGCCAAGGCGACGACGGAUUCGACCAUGAGAUCUCUGCCUUCUUCCCUGCCAACCUGGACUUCCUGUGUCUGCAGGAAGUGUUUGACCACCGGGCCACGUCCAGGCUGAGGCAGCAGCUGCACCACUACUUCCCCUACAUCCUGAGUGAUGUGGGCCGCUACGCCUGGAAGGGCUGCUGCUCCCGCUUCAAGUUCCUGAACAGCGGCGUCAUGAUGGCCAGCCGCUAUCCCAUACUGGACGCCCACUACGAGUGCUACCCCAAUGGGCGAGGGGAAGACGCCCUCGCAGCGAAAGGAGUCCUCUUUGUCAAGGUGCAGGUAGGCACCUCCCAUCAGGAGCAAAGAGUUGUGGGAUAUCUCACCUGCACUCAUCUGCAUGCCAUUGAAGGAGAUGCAGCUGUGCGUUGUGAGCAGUUGGAUCUGCUCUUGGUGUGGGGGGCGGAGUUCCGCAAGAUGACGUCCCGCCCCUCGGAGGAGAAGGGUCUGGAGGACCAGGUGGCCUUUGAUGUUGUCCUCGGCGACCUCAAUUUCGACAACUGCUCCUCAGAGGAUAAACUGGAGCAGCAGCAUGCCGUCUUCACCCAGUACAAAGACCCAUGUCGCCUGGGACCAGGGGAGGACAAGCCUUGGGCUCUGGGUACACUACUGGACACCAGUGGGCUUUAUGACGAGGAGGUCAGCUCACCAGAGAGUUUACAAAAAGUGAUGGAGAAUGAGGAGGGGAGGAAGGAAUACCUGGUGUUCCCCACCAAUAAAAACCACUGUCCUAAUCAGAAGGGCAGAAAAAUCCCCCUGAAAGGCAAUGGGAGGAGGAUCGACUACAUCCUUUACAGAGAGGAGGUGCAGCAGGACUGGAAAGUGGACAUUGAAGAGUUCAGCUUCAUCACCCAGCUAGCCGGCCUCACUGACCACCUGUCUGUGGCCAUGCGUCUGGCUGUGUCCACGGGAGAGGAGGAACCUUAGAAUGGGGAGGGAAGAGAGAGAGAGAGAACGAAAGGGACUCAAGUCUGAGAAAUACAGAGCUUGACAAAGAAAAUAAAGAUGGAUGCAAAGAAGAAGAAAGAGAAGAGCAGAUACAGAGGAAUCAUGUGAUCCAGAUGGAACCUGAUGGAGAGAGAAAGGAGUGGUUGUUGUGUGUGUCAGAGGUCUGGACUGUGCCUAAUGUGGAUCUGAGAGACUGAGCCAAAGACUUAAACACACAGACAGUUUCAGUUUGACUCACGCACCUACAGGCCACCGUACUGUAUCACCUCUGGUCCUCGUGGACUAUCAGCUCCCUGAUGAUGGAGUCCCAAUGAUUGAUUUACUAUAAAUAAUUUCCUGUAUUUAGGGAGUAUUUAGUUUUUAGGCCUCAUUUAUGUCUGACCUUUUUAUGUUUUUACUUUUUGGGCUUGGAAGUGUCAAAUCUUUGUUCUUCAUUUCUAUGAUAAAAAAUGGCAACAUU